AUGGAUUUCAGUUUCAAUGGACUGGUAUUCUUAAAUUUUCACAAAACACAUAUUAAGGUGUGUUCUAACAUCUGCCUGAACAAGCAAAAGGUGCCGCAACUUUUAACGUGCGUCUUGACAUACCUAUAAACAUUCCUUUUGUCAACUCCAGUAUCUUUCAAAAGAUAUGAUGUAUAGAACGGUGUCCAAGCAAAAAAGAAAAAUACCGACGAUGCAAUUAACAUUUUCACGACGCGUUUCUUUGUUUCUUGUGACGUAAAUCCAGAUUCCCCAUCGCCUGAAGAUUGUUGCCGCAACUGUCUUAUAACUGCAGUAUAGCGGUAAAUAACUACAACAGCUGGAAAAACAUAAACUAUCAGGUAUUUAGAGAUAGCAUACGCUUUCGCAACUCCAAGUGAAGGAAAUAAUUCAAAGCAGCUACAACUGGAUUGCUUGUAUUUGUUCACUUGAGUGCCACAAUAGAUCAUGGAUGGGAUGUGAAUUAAAAUUGCCAGAAACCAGGUUUUGGGAAUUGUCCAUUUAACAGAGGUUUGUCGUACAUGAUUGGCUAGAGGUUGGCAAAUUGCGUGGUAUCGUUCAUGCGCAAUGGAUGUCAAUGUAAAUACACUUGCACCGUGACAAAUAUAUACCAAACUGCCUCGAAACUUGCAAGCUAUGUCACCUAAUAUUAAAAGAAAUAAUCAUGUGAAUUUAUUAACAUAUAUGUAUUCGCUUAAUUACUUUCUAAUAUAAAAUCAUGAAAUUAAAAUAAGCCAGUUUCACAGAACAAUAAUAAAUUUUAAUAAUGUCUAUAAGAUGCAUAUACACGUUCGUAAAUAUUUACAGCGGCACGUUGAAUAAUUAUUAAAAAAUGCAAUUAUUUUAAUGACAAUGGACUAUAUACUGUAACAUAACUAAUGCGGAUAUUUCGUCUUAUAUUAUACUAUAGUAUACAACUAGUUUGAUAAAUUGUUGGUUUAUGUCGCUAUUUCAUGUGGCCAGGAUAGAAAUCUCGCCGACAAUACAUAGAUCGCGCGAAUGACUUGGUUGAGGGGACUCUGCAUGGAGAAACCAUAGCAAAUUGGCGCGAUACAAAUAGCUCAACGAUUUUGGUAUUUUUCAUGAUUUGUGGUUGCUAAUUAAAUAGAGAAUAAUACAUGGGUGCGCGGAAAUACCAGAUUUAUUUCGAGUGUUGAACAUGAUAUCUUGAGAGUGAGCGCAGCGAACGAGUGAGAUAUCAUGCAUGUUCAACACGAGAAAUAAAUCUGGUAUUUCCGCAAGCAUCCAUGUAUUUUUCUGUUUAUUAUAUAAAAAGACAGUCUUUGAAAAGCGAUAAUUUUUACAGAAAAGCGACAAUUGAAAAGCAAUAAUUUUCACAUGUGAAAUUAUCAUAAAUAAUCUCUGCCUCCUCCGCAGGCCCUUCGUUGGGCACAGUGCAGUGCAAUUGCAAUCUAUAUAGAUCAGUGGCUGUGAUAUCAUUGCCGGCUGGGGACGAGGCAGAAAUUAUCUCACAUAUCAUAUGUGAGAUUAUCAGUUUUAUCAGUGCUCGAAACUGAUAUCUAUAAAGCAUUAUACUUUAAAUAGUACAUAUACGGUAACAUGCAUAUUCGAUACUUGUGUGCAAAACAAACCUAGAGAAUUUGCAAUACUCUACAUUUUUAAGCUACGAAAAAAUAUCAGUAUGAUCUCUAUUUAUGCAGUAUUGAGCACUCGGCACAUGCAUACUCUCUGGUUAUGCUGUCGAAAACAACCAAUAUGAAUUCGGCUUUUGCUUGGAGCACACCAACUGGCAAGUCAUGACAUAAACUGGCAGUAAAAUUUCGACGCAACAAGUCUAGAUAAAAGUAAUAUUGCAAAGUUUCGUUGCGAAAUGUUGUAAAAUGCGGAUAAUAUAGCCUUGCGAAGUUUGCCGUUUUUCAGUCAUUUUGCAUUACGCGGGGGAAAUUGACAACCCAAUACCUAGCUUUGGGGCUGUCAAUUUCCCGUUUGUAUUAAAAAUACAAAAUGACGUGAAAAACGGCAAACUUCACAAGGCUAUAUUAUCCGCAUUUUACAACAUUGGCAUAUUAACGAAAGUUGGAAUAUUACUAAUUUUGUGAUGCUCUUUCAAGCUGUGAUGAAAUUUUUAUCUAGACUUGUUGAGAUCAAAAUUUAGUCUAUAAUGCAAAUGGUCCAUUCUAUUGUUCUGGAAACGGACGUGCGCUUUAUUUUCUAACGAUUAGUUGGGAACAAAUUCCGGAUAUGAAUAUAUUGGAGAUGAAUAUAUUGGAGAUGAAUAUAUUGGAGAUGAAUAUAUUGGAGAUCAAUAUAUUGGAGAUCAAUAUAUUGGAAAUGAAUAUAUUGGAGAUGAAUAUAUUGGAUAUGAAUAUAUUGGAGAUGAAUAUAUUGGAGAUGAAUAUAUUGGAGAUGAAUAUAUUGGAGAUCAAUAUAUUGGAGAUCAAUAUAUUGGAAAUGAAUAUAUUGGAGAUGAAUAUAUUGGAGAUGAAUAUAUUGGAGAUCAAUAUAUUGGAGAUGAAUAUAUCGGAGAUGAAUAUGUUGGAGAUGAAUAUAUUGGAGAUGAAUAUAUUGGAGAUGAAUAUAUUGGAGAUGAAUAUAUUGGAGAUGAAUAUAUCGGAGAUUAA